GAAUUUCGAAUUAUCCUUCUUCACAAUAACAAAAACAUUGUUCGUUAAACUUCUAAAGACGUCGGCUAAGCGAUCUCGAACGUGCAAAGUUAUCAUUCGUCUCACAAUGUUUCGCCAGCGUGAACGAUGCUGCGGAAUCGCUUAUCAUCCGCGCGAAUACGUAGUGUAAUUGAGCAUGUAAUUAAAAAAGGGCUUGAUAAUGGUCGCGCAAUAAAAGUUUCUCAAAGCGAUCGAACGCGCUAUUAAAUCUUGUAAUUGAAUCGACCAAUAGGCGGGAAACGAUUUCCACUUUCUCUCUCUCUCUCUCUCUCGCAUCUUCACACUUAUCUAUAAUCUUAUAACGGCGAAAGACAGUCAUAGUUUUCGAAGCGGCUUCAAUUUCAACGCGAAAGAUCGCUCCUUAAGCCGCUGAUAAAUAAAAGAUUAUUGUGCCCCAUUCAGCACGAGUGGCGAGCUCCGCGGGAUCCUCGCUGGAUAAGUGGGACAGCUUUACGCAAGUUUUUAUAUCCUCGGCAUUGUCACUCUUGGGCCCCUCAUACCACUUCGUGCGGAGCUCUACCUGCCAACAUCGCCGUUCCAUGGAUCUUCCUUUGGGCCGACCAUUGAUAUACGUCGACCGUAAAAGCACGCUGCCGCCUGAUAAUGCGCGAAGAGAUCCAUACGGUGGUAGGGCGAGAAAAGGGCGAGAAAGAAGGUACACCCGUUAGAUGGCGACAAGAUAGAUACGUUCGUUCAGUCAAUUGACUGAUACUCAGCUUCUUUCCUCGCCACACGAGGAAACAGAGACAGCAACACGGCUGGUCAUGGGUAAGAGAGGGAGAGAAAAAGAGAGAGGAUCGCCGGCAGUAAGGAGGAGGAAGGCCAGCCAGGAUGGUUGGUGAUCGGCUUCGGAUCCACGAGUGGCAGUUCAUGGUGCGAGUAGCCGGCGCACAGUCAGUCACCAAUUCCAACCAGUCGGUUGUUGUAGUCAGUCGGUAUUAGACAAGCAGCUCCGUUCGCGGGGCCGCUCUCGCGCCUCGAUUUAUUUCUUCUUUUUUUUUUACUUGUUUUUUAUCGGAAAUUGCACCCUUGAUUUUCGUUUCCGCAACGAGAUCAUUUAUUCGACUCGAGAGGUCUUCGGAGUGGAGCGCGAACUUAACAGUAAGUGCGCGGAGUGUCUCGAUAUCGAGUGCUGGAUGAAGACACUUGUCUGGUAUAUAAGUGAUAAAGUGUCGGCUGCGCGAGGACUCGAAGAGGUGCUCGAACGGGCUCUUGUUGGCGAUAUUCUAGAAGAAGCUACAGAAACCUGACUACGGAUGGUUAACGACGUAAUGAGCGAGUACGAACGAAUCAAGCGUUCGUGCUUGAAACGAGGUGAGCUCUGGGAGGAUCCAGAAUUUCCAGCAACCCAAGCUUCGGUCUUUUAUCACCAGACACCGCCGUUCCAGUUUCAAUGGAAAAGGCCGAAAGAAUUGUGCAAUCGGCCUAUCUUCGUCAGCGAUGCACCUGCUCAAUUCGAUGUCAUUCCUGGGAAGAUGGGUGAUAAGUGGCUGGUAUCGUGUUUGGGCGUGCUACACCUUAGCAAGGGUCUAUUCUACAGGGUGGUACCAGCCGACCAAGGAUUCGGCAGCGGUGGAGAACCUCCGGGCUCGCCGACCGCAGAAUACGCCGGAGUGUUUAGGUUUCGAUUGUGGUGGUGUGGCGCGUGGGUGGAAGUUCUCGUCGACGAUAGAUUACCGGCGGUUCAUGGAAGACUGGCCUUCGUGCAGAGUCGCCAUAGUGAUCAGUUCUGGCCGGCAUUGCUGGAGAAAGCGUACGCCAAACUUCACGGUUCUUACGAGGCGCUCAAGUACGGCACAUUACUGGAUGGUUUGUCCGAUCUCACGGGUGGUAUUACCGAAAGCAUCGCGAUUCGUCAGGAUCCCACAGCCUGCGGACGAGCAUUGUCGAAACUUCUGGACAUGACGUCUCUCAUCACGUGUACAGUAAAUAAUAAUCAACAGCAACAGAUACGUGCCAGCACGGAGAAGCUCGCUAAUGGCAUACAAAUGGGAAUCAAUUAUAGAUUGUAUGCUAUUGAAAGGGUAGAGACAUUCGGAGGGGAAGCUGUGCAAUUAGUAAAAUUGAGGAAUCCUCUUGGACCUGGUGGAGAAUAUGUUGGUGCCUGGGCGAGAGGUGGCUUGGAAUGGGACGAAGUACCUGUAAUGGAAAGGGAACGAUUAGCUGUAAGAAAUAUGGCUGAAGGAGAAUUUUGGAUAUCAUAUUCCGAUUUCGUUAAGACAUUCACUCAUCUGGAAGUAGUGCAUCUAGAUGCUGAAACUUCGAGAGACGAACCAUCGUUACACAGCAAACACACUUGGCAAAUGAAAUUAUAUCAGGGAAGCUGGAGAAGAGGCGUCACCGCAGGAGGAUGUCGAAAUAAUCAAGAAACUUUUCAUAUAAAUCCACAAUUGCAUCUUAUUUUAAGUGAGAUGGAAGAAGUGAUCGUUUCGUUAAAUCAACAUUCUAUUAUGGAGCCAAAAGUGAUCGGCUUCACAGCGUACACGUUGCCGAAGAACAGCACCGAGUCGAUAAACAAACAGUUUUUUAAGAAAAACAAGUCCUUAGUUAAUUCCCAGUACACGAAUAGUCGGCAGGUGAGCCACAGGUGUCAGCUCGAGCAGGGUGGUUAUUUGUUGGUGCCUACGACCUUCGAGCCGACUCAAGAAACGAGUUUUACGUUACGAGUCUACAGUAGUAAGCCCCUAAAACUCAAAUUAUUAGAUACACCACCAUCCUUAAUGAAAUCGGCAAUCGUCAAGGCGCCUCCACUGGAAGGCAAGGGUUUCUCUCAAUACGAAGCCGUAUUUCUGCAGCUUGCCGAUGAACAUAGAACCGUAAACGCUUUCGAAUUGCAGGAACUUCUAGAAGCCUGUUUACCAAAUGAUUACAUCAAAAGUUGUGCCUGUAUGGAAGUCUGUCGACAAGUAGUACUAACUAUGGAUAGUUCCGGAAGCGGCCGACUAAAGUUCAACGACUUCAAAGAUCUAAUGUGCAGUUUAAAGUAUUGGCAAGCUGCAUUUAAGAAUCACACGAAGGAAAAGACGGGUAUACUCAAAGCGGAGAGACUACGAGAUGCACUGUUGGAAGUUGGUUUCCAAUUAAACACGGACGUAUUAUCCAUCUUGAUUCUUCGAUACAUGAGGAAAGACGGAACUCUUCGAUUCGGCGACUUCGUUUCGGCGAUAUUACAUUUGAGCGACGCAUUUGGAAUUUUCGAGAGCAAAGAUCCCUUACAAAAUGGAACGAUAAAAUUAAGUUUAUCAGAGUGGCUGAGAUCGUCUCUGAUGUGUUGAAAUAUCAGUCAGCGUAGAUCAAUGUGUACCUUGUGAAUCGUCUGUAAAUAACAUUCUCUUCAUUUCAACAUUAGACAUAAGUUUUAGCCAUAUUAACGGUUAGCAAUUGUGCCUAUCGAAUAUUUUAUAUUUUGUAUAUAUUAUAUAUAGAGAUAUAUAUAAAAUAAUAUCAUUGUUUUUUACAUUACCGCAUUGAUCAUCAUUUCCUUACGUAAUUAUUAUAUUAUCAAGGAUGUAUGAUACGUCGUUUUUUUUUGUAAGAGAAUAUCGCAAUUGGCCAAUAAAAUUAAGUUUAUUUUACAUAGUUUCUGCAUAUCUUCCAUUUGAUGCGCGUAUUUAACUUAUUCGAUAAAUUAUGCUCUUUCUGAUACAUAAAAUUAAACGUAAGUAUAAUAUAAAAUCUUUCCUUUAAUUAUAAAAAUAUUAAGAGCAUGUUAUUCUAUCUGGAAUUGAGAAUUACCGUAUUAUUCGAUAACAAAAAUCGCUGAAACAUGUUUAUAUACAUACAUAUAUGCUUAUUAAAUAUUUUGGCCACGUGUGUAUCGGAGAGAAAGAAAUAUAGCAAACACACUUACAAUAGAAACAUUUAUUCAUAUAGAAUUCAUUCGAGAGAUACAACGGAACUUUUGAUAUCCUAUAAUUUAUCGCCUACCUCCAAUGGCGGAGUGAGGUAUAAUCCGCGCAAGUUGAUUAAUUCCUUGUGUAUAUCGAGUCUCCGACUCGAAUUUCUCACGCACGAUUCCAAUUAAGGAUUCGUCCUGCGCGAAUUAUAUAAUAAGUGCACACGAGACACAGAUAGGUGGACGGCGAUAUGUGAAGAUUACCGGGAACGAAUUGACGAGAAGAAAAAGAAAACGUCUUUGUCCAUGACAUUCGUCAAUCGUUUCUGGCAAUCUCAAACGUCCCGUCGAAGACUUUAGAUGAUGCUUUGAUCAAGAAGACUACCUUCAAUGGUAGAUCGCAACAUAUUCGAUAUAAUGCGUCGAAAAAACACGUACGUUCGUAUCAAUCAAGUAAUUAUCGACACUUGUCACUGCGAGCAAUACAUGUCGAAUUUCAAUGGAUCUUGAUGAUCUAAUAAAUAUCACUCCGAGCGUUGUCUCUCUUCUCAUACGAAGCGAAAUUUGUGCAAAACUAGAAUGGCUCUCACUGUACAAAAUACAGAGUAACAUCUCGUGAUAUGUGCAAGUUUAAGUUUAAGACUAGCAGAUACGGAAUUAUAUAAUUCACAUUUAUCGGCGAUUUUAAUCAUUUAGGAGUAUUGCGGUUUUUUGGUACCUUCAUGAUUUUCAGAGAGUUGUUGAGAUAAUGUUGGUAAGCUGA